UGACAACGCCCAUAUGUUUUUGAAGAGUUUGAAUGGUGUGAAACGGAACUUUAAAGAAAUCUAUAUGAUUCAUCAGUAAGCUAGGUCAUGUCUUCAGACGUUAGUAAAGGAAAGCAUAUCUGUUCCAAUGAGCGACACUUAACAUUAUAUGAUGCUGUGAACUUCCCUUACUCUGAAGUGAAUGGCUCAAAGACAAGCAAUAUUUCAAAUAACAGGAGAGGAAGUCCUGAAGAAAAUGAAGCUCCAGAUGUUGAUCAUAUCAAUUUCGGUGGUGAUAAACAGUGCAAUAUUCCCAGAAGCAUCAGGAGAGAGCUCGAAUAAUUGACUCGUCGAUACCAAAGUAGUAAAGCUAAUUAUGAUAGAGUUUCCUUAUCGAUCACAAUUACUAACAUGAGAUACCGAUUUUCUCCAUCAUCUCAAGUACAGCUAAUGCCAAUUUCGUUUUUAUGCUAAUUAAAGAGACAACGAUAUUACAUAAGAUAUUGGUGUACCAGAGUUUCUCUGCUCUCUCACUGGAUGUCAAAACUGUUUACAAUGGCUAUUGGUCCAAUCUUUCUACAGUCUUAAUCCUCAAUCAUACAUGGAGAACUAAACAUAUUACUUAAAUCUAUCUUAAGUAAUCUAACUACUGACUUUAAUCAUAAAGUUACAUCGCUAACGUUAUUAUCAUUAUAUGUCAAAGCUGCGGAUUAACUGUAUGCAUGACUACCG